AUUCUGAAAGUAGGAAAAGAAUAUUACAGCUGAUUUUGUAGACGUACUGCAAUGCAUUUGAGUGAUUAAUACAAAUCAGUAGUUCCAUGAAGUAGAAAAGUUAUCCAACUAUGUAAAUUUAUGUGUUUGAUUGCUUGAAUGACCUAACAAUGAUAAUGUUCCCUUGCGCACACUGACCUUUACAGGGUAAAGUUCUAUAUCCCUGAAUUACUUGUUUCAUGACAUAAUGAUCAAGCUGUUGUUAUAAUCAUUUGGAAAUAUUGGAGAUGUCUGAAAACAAUUAUUGAUCUCAUCGUUCAUUUAAUUUCUCUGUCACGUCCUUAAGUUAGGACUGGCUUCUCUCUCGGUUGGAGACCUGAAGUUAAGCUUGAAACCUGUCCGAAUGAAUUUUAUAUUAACUAGCUGGUUCAUCCCCUGCGUGCCAUUCAAUUAUUUGGAGCUCCUCAAAACUGUCAAGAACAAAUUCUUCGGUAGUAGCAAGUACCCCAUUUCAGGUCCUGAAAGUGAAUCAGAGGAAACCGAGGAGAUAAUAGCUGAUGUUCUAGGGGUUGAAGUUUUUCGGCAGACAAUAGCUGGUAACAUUCUUGUGGGAACUUCCACUAAAAUCUUGUGUUUGAUCUAUGGACAGGUCCAUCCUCGUACAUCCAUUGAAGACCUGGAUGAGCUUUCCACCCUUCUCCAGGUCCCUUUAGUUGCCGGUACUGUAAACCGCGGCAGCGAAGUGAUAGCCGCUGGAAUGACAGUAAAUGACUGGACAUCCUUUUGUGGGUCGGACACUACAGCUACUGAGCUAUCUGUCAUUGAAAGUGUCUUCAAGUUUAGAGAAUCCCAACCUAUUGCCAUUGUUGAUGAGAUGAGGAAAUCAUUAAUUGACAGUUAUGUUUGACUUGACAUUAGCCAUUCUCUUACCUGUCAACUGACACCUUAUCCUCCUGUGAUGCUAAACAUCAAAACUUCUUGAUUCAGAUUUUGUUAUCUGAUCAAGAAUACAUGCUUUCAGAAUGGGUUUUAAGUUCCCUUUAUGCUACUGGCUCACAAUCUCUUUAGAAUCGGUUGCCAUUAUUUGCACCCCCUCUCAUGUUCUCUGCCACAGUAUAUUUGCUCCUUGCUCUCACCUGGGUGGAUUCAUGUUGCAAGUUAAUUCAAUGAGAGUUAAAUUUU